GGGACACGUUGGGUUUUUCGUGCCUCUUCAAAAGUCCGCGCGACGGACAUUCACCCUAUCCCUGUCUCUCGACUCCUGAGGACACUGCCCGCCAUGUCCCCGACCGCUGCUUCGUGCACCAGCACGACGCGCCCCAUUCUCAUCCAGUCGGGCCCCAUUAGAGUGUCCAUCCCUAUCUCCACGGAAACCAAUGAGUGGACUGCUGCCGAAGUCCUCCGCGAUGAAUUCACCCACGACGAUACACUACAUACCCCCACGCAAAUUGAGGACGUUCAGCAGGCGACCAUAGAGCUCUUCGCCCGCUUCCUGCGAUCCGUCGCGCAAAACGUAGACGCCGACUGCCACCGCGCCGCGAUUCUCUGCAAGGCAGUCAACCACUUCACCUCAACAUACUUGUCCCAGCAAGACGUGCACACCGUCGCGGCGGCUCUCGACGUAGACGUGCGCAAGACCGUGCUUUCGAGCUACUUUCACGCUCUUGGAGCCCUAGAGGAAAGGAACGUCGCUGGCAUCACAUACGCACCAGCACCCGCGUUGUUCACGACGCCCGACGCGUCAAUCUACGCGCUUUUCGGUGGACAGGGGACGAAUGAGGUCUACUUCGAUGAGCUUCAGUCUCUCUACGACACGUACACGCCGCACGUUUCGUCAUUCCUCGCUGAAAUGACCAAGGUCCUUGAUCCCCUCAUGGAGGGUCUCGAGUCGUCAACAUACUACACGCACGGUCUGGACGUCAUGUCCUGGUUGACUGGCGCUAAGCCGCGCCCGCCGACCGCGUACCUCGCGUCGGUUCCCGUGUCUCUGCCUCUCAUCGGCCUCACGCAGCUCACCCAGUACUUGGUGACCUGCCGCGUCGCGCGUAUCAGCCCCGGCGAAAUGCGCGAGAAGCUCCAGGGCGCGACUGGUCACUCGCAGGGUGUCGUUUCCGCCGUGGUCGUUGCGGCGUCAACCAGCCUCGAAUCGUACUUCGAGCAGUGCCGGAAGGGAAUGAAGUGGCUGUUCUACUGCGGCUACCGCGGACAGCAGGCGUUCCCCGUGCUCGCGCUCGAGCCGAGCAUCGUCCAGGACGCGAUCGAAGGCGGCGAGGGCGCGCCGAGCCCCAUGUUGCUCGUCGCGGGGCUCGCGCUGAAGGACCUCGAGAAGCAUGUCCAGAGCACGAACAAGCACCUCCCCGCGAACUCGCAGCUCCGCGUGUCGCUCCACAACGCCCCGAAGGCCUUCGUCGUCACCGGUCCUGCGCGCGCGCUGUACGGCCUCGUCACGCACCUCCGCAAGGUUCGUGCGCCCAGCGGGCUCGACCAGAGCAAGAUCCCGUUCUCGCAGCGCAAGCCCGUUUUCUCGGUGCGCUUCUUGGUGGUCGGCGUGCCGUACCACAGCGAGUACCUCCGGGGGAUGACGGAGAAGAUGUUUGAGGAGGACUUGGGAGGGGAGGAGAUGUGGACGAAGGAAGACCUGGGUAUGGCGGUGUAUCACACCGAGACCGGUUCUGAUCUCCGCGAGCUUACAACGUCCGUGACGUGCUCCCUGGGCGAACAGAUCUUCACGUCGCCCCUCCACUGGGCGAAGGCGACGAACUUCCCCGAGACAGCUACUCACGCUAUCGACUUCGGUCCGGGUGGUCUCAGCGGCGUCGGUCCCAUGACCGCGCGUAACCUCAAUGGUCGUGGGGUCCGUGUCAUCGUCGCGGGAGACAAGGCGAAGGGUAUCGUCGAGUUGUACGACGCGCAGACGGUGAAGAACGAGGAAUGGUGGAGCAAGAAGUUCAUGCCCGGUCUCGUCAAGACGAGCGACGGCAAGAUCCACCUCGACACCCCAUUCUCUCGCCUUUUGGGCAAACCGCCCAUCAUGGUCGCCGGCAUGACCCCUACGACUGUCAAGGCUGGUUUCGUCAGUGCCGUCCUCGCGGCCGGCUACCACGUCGAGCUUGCGGGCGGGGGCCACUACAACGCCAAUGCGCUUCGCGCGAAGGUCGCCGAGAUUCAGAGCAAGAUUGCCGCUGGUGUCGGCCUCACUCUCAACUCGCUCUAUAUCAACCCGCGCCAGUUCGGCUUCCAGUUGCCCCUCUGGCAGGAGAUGCGCCGCGAGGGGUUGCCCGUCGAGGGCUUCUGUGUCGCUGCUGGUAUACCCAGCACGGAGAAGGCCGCGGAGAUCAUCGGCGGUCUCGAUGCGGCGGGCAUUCGCCACGUCUCGUUCAAGCCCGGCUCCGUCGACGGCAUCCGUCAGGUCGUCAAUAUCGCCGCCGCGAACCCCAAUUUCCCCAUCAUACUCCAGUGGACGGGCGGCCGCGCGGGUGGUCACCACUCGUGCGAGGACUUCCACCAGCCGAUCCUGUCGACGUACCACUCCAUCCGCCAGCACAGCAACAUCUCUCUCGUUGCUGGCUCGGGCUUCGGUGGUGCGGACGAUGUCUGGCCGUACCUGACUGGUGACUGGUCUGUCGAGAAGUUCGGCAUGCAGCCCAUGCCCUUCGACGGCUUCCUCUUCGCGUCUCGCGUCAUGGUCGCGAAGGAGGCGCACACGAGCUCGUCCGUCAAGGACCUCAUCGUCGCCGCGAGAGGUGUCGAUGACGCGCAGUGGGAGGGUACGUACGCGAAGGAGACUGGUGGUAUCCUCACCGUCAAGUCCGAACUCGGCGAGCCGAUCCACAAGGUCGCCACGCGCGCGGUCAAGCUCUGGAAAGAGUUCGACGACACCGUGUUCAAGAUGCCCAAGGAGAAGCGUGUGGCGUGGCUCAAUGAGCGCCGCGCUGAGAUCAUCGCGAAGUUGAACAAGGACUUUGCGAAGCCGUGGUUCGGUUGGAAGAAGGACGGGAGCGCCGUCGAGGAUAUUGCGGACAUGACGUACGAGGAGGUCGUCCUCCGGAUGAUCCGCCUCAUGUACGUCGAGCACGAGGAGCGCUGGGUCGACUUGUCGCUCAGGAACCUCACGGGCGAUUGGCUCCGCCGGGUUGAAGAGCGCUUUGCGGGCAUUGACCGCGGAUCGAAGGCGUCGAUCCUGCAGUCGUACUCUUCCCUCGACAAGCCCGACGACUUCGUCAAGCUCUUCUUCUCGACGUACCCUGCAGCCACCGAGCAGCUCUUGGCCUCAGAGGACAAGGCGUUCUUCCUCGCGAUCUCGCAGCGUCCCGGUCAGAAGCCGGUUCCGUUCAUUCCCGUCCUUGACGCCAACUUCGAGGUCUGGUUCAAGAAGGACUCCCUAUGGGCUGCUGAAGACAUCAACGCCGUCUUCGACCAGGACCCCCAGCGUGUCUGCAUCCUGCAGGGCCCAGUCGCGGUCAAGCAUGCGACGAAGAAGGACGAACCCAUCAAGGAGAUGCUUGACAACAUCACCGCAAUGCUCGUCGAGAAGCUCUCUGAGCGGCUCUACGGUGGCGACCUCAGCCGCGUCCCGACUGCUGACUACCUGAGCACCAAGCCUGCUCCCCUCUCGGAAAGCGUCGUUGCGUCGCUCGGUGUCGAGCGCUCCGUCGAGGCCGACAAGAUCACAUACUCCGUUGGAAACACCCUGCCUGAGGUGUCGACCUGGCUCGAGACUCUCGCUGGGCCCAGUCAGCACUGGCUCAGGGCCCUCCUCACGUCGACGACUAUUGUCCAGGGCACGUCGUACAUCGACAACCCCAUGCGCCGUCUCUUCGCUCCUCGUAGGGGCCAGAAAGUCGUUCUCACCUUGGUUGGUGGCGUUCCUGCGUCCGUCGCUCUUUACGGCGGGGCCCGCUCGUACGGCCAGCACAAAUCCGACUUUAAGGCCGUCGAGGUCAAGUUCGACCAGGCAACGCAGGCCAUCGACGCCACGCUCUUCGAGGACCGCCGCGACACCUCCGUUCCUCUGUAUUUCAAGUUCCUCUACAAGCCGAGUAUGGGUUAUGCCCCGAUCCACGAGAUCGCUGAGGGUCGCAACAAGCGCAUCAAGGACUUCUACUGGCGCCUCUGGUUCGGUGACAACGAGGUGCUCCCGGAGAUCAAUCUCCGCGAGACUUUCACCGGCCCCGAGGUCACGAUUGAGGCGAACGACGUCGAGACGUUCUGCGCGGUUGUCGGCAACGAGGGUGAGGCAUUCAAGACUGUCAGGACCGAGCGCGUCGAGGCUCCCAUGGAUUUCGCGAUUGUUACGGGUUGGCAGGCUAUCAUGAAGGCGAUCUUCCCUUCCGCAAUCGACGGCGACUUGCUGAAGCUUGUUCACCUCUCGAACGGCUUCCGCAUCGUCGAGGGCGCUGAGCCCCUCAAGGCCGGCGACGUUUGCAAGGCCGAGGCUCGUAUCGUCUCCGUCACCAACAGUGACGCCGGUAAGAUCGUCAAGGUCAAGGGCGUGGUUAAGCGUGAGGGCGUGCCGAUGAUUGAGGUUGUGUCAUCAUUCCUUUACCGCGGCCGGUACUCCGACUACGAGAACACCUUUGAGGUCACCGAGGAGCCGGAUUACCUCGUCGAGGUCGCCACCGAGGCCGACGUCGGCGUGCUACAGUCGAAGGAGUGGUUCGAGUGGGACGACGAGUCCAAGCCGCUCCAGGCCGGGACUGGUCUCAUCUUCCGUAUCCGUUCAGAGGUCACUUACCGCAACAAGACGUGCUUCAAGACCGUCUCCGUCUCUGGCGACAUCUUCGUCCGCGACCAGCUCAAGCGCCUGGUCAAAGUCGGCUCGAUCGACUUCUUGCAGGAUGACAGCCGCGGCAACCCCGUUCUCGCAUAUCUCCAACGCCACGGUAGCCAGCAGGGUUCUCCGAGCCCAUUGGCCAACGAGGGCUACACUAUGAGCCAGUCGGGCACUACGACGUUCGCUUCGCCUGCAACGAACGAACCUUACUCCAAGAUCUCGGGCGACUUCAACCCCAUUCACAUCAACCCCUACUUCGCUGACUUCGCCGCGCUCCCCGGCACGAUCACCCAUGGCAUGUGGUCAAGCGCGGCUACGAGGCGCUUCGUCGAGACUGUCGUCGCUCAAGGCAGGCCGGAUCGCGUUAAGGCCUACGAUGUGGCCUUCGUCGGUAUGGUUCUGCCGCAAGAGGAGCUCAGUGUCAAGGUCAAGCACAUUGGCAUGCGUGACGGGAACAUCGUCGUACGCGUGGAGACCACCAACUCCCAAGGCGAGAAGGUGCUCGAGGGGACUGCCGAGGUCGCUCAACCGAAGACCGUGUACGUCUUCACUGGCCAAGGCUCCCAGGAGGCGGGCAUGGGUAUGGACCUGUACAACAAUUCACCUGCGGCGCGCUCGGUCUGGGAGGCUGCUGAUGCUCACCUCACUGCUGUGUACGGGUUCUCCAUCGUCGAGAUCGUCAAGGACAACCCGAAGGAGAAGACCAUUCACUUCGGUGGUAUCAAGGGGCAGGCCAUUCGUCAGCGCUACAUGGACAUGACCUACGAUACGAUGGACAAGGACGGCAACGUCAAGACACUUCCUCUCUUCGGUGACAUCCACGUUCGCACUCAGCGAUACACGUUCAGCCACCCCACGGGUUUGCUUUUCGCCACCCAGUUCGCUCAAAUCGCUCUCGUUGUUACCGAACGUGCCGCGUUCGAAGACAUGCGCUCGAGGGGUCUGGUCCAGAACGGUGCCCCCUUCGCUGGCCACUCUCUGGGCGAGUACUCUGCGCUGGCGUCCAUCGCCGACGUCCUUGCCAUCUCCUCUCUCGUCGACAUUGUGUUCUACCGUGGCAUUACGAUGCAGCGUGCUGUCGAGCGCGACUCGCAGAACCGGUCGAACUACGCGAUGUGCGCAGUCAACCCGAGCCGUGUGUCUAAGACAUUCACAGAUGCCGCGCUCCGUGAGGUCGUCGACGAUAUCGCGCAGAAGACGAACUGCCUCCUCGAGAUCGUGAACUACAACGUCGAGGGCCAACAAUACGUCUGUGCUGGAGAGCUUGUUGCUCUGCAGACCAUGACAAAUGUUCUUAACUAUCUCAAGAUCGAGAAGAUCGACAUUCAGAAGUUGACGGAGAAGUUCACGAUUGAUCAGGUGAAGGAGAUGCUCGGCGAAAUCAUCGACUCUUGCUACGCGAAAGCCAAGCAGCAGCAGGAAAGCGAGGGUUACAUCAAGCUCGAGCGUGGCUUUGCUACCAUCCCGCUCCCUGGCAUUGAUGUGCCUUUCCACUCGCGCUAUCUGUGGGCCGGUGUCAUGCCCUUCAGAACCUACUUGUCCAAGAAGAUCAAUCCCGCGCAUCUGAACCCGGACACUCUCGUCGGCAAGUACGUGCCCAACCUUGUCGCGCAGCCCUUCGAAGUGUCCAAGGAAUACGUCCAACUUGUGUACGACCGCACGCUCUCCGCUCGCCUGGACAAGGUCCUCCGCAAGUGGGACUCUGAGGAGUGGGGAUCUGCUGCGCAGCGCCAGAAGCUCGCAUACAUCAUCCUCGUCGAAUUGCUCGCCUACCAGUUCGCGUCGCCUGUGCGCUGGAUCGAGACGCAGGAUAUCUUGUUCAUUCGCUAUGACUUCGAACGCUUGAUCGAGAUCGGCCCGUCGCCGACUCUCACGGGUAUGGCCACUAGGACGCUCAAGGCGAAGUACGAGGCCCAGGACGAUUCCGUCAGCCACAUGAGGGUGAUCCUUUGCCACGCUAAGAACGUCAAGGAGGUGUAUUACCAGUUCGAGGAUGAGCCGGAAGCCACGGAGGCUCCAGCAGCAGACGCUGCACCUACGUCCGCGGCCUCUCCCGCCGCUGCGCCUGUUGCCGCCGCUGCACCUGCACCUGCAGCAGCCGCUGCCGCAAGCGUGGAGGACGCGCCACUCAAGGCCAUCGAGGUGUUGGGCGUCAUCGUUGCUCAGAAGCUGAAGAAGCGGGUCGAUGAGAUCCCGCUUUCCAAGUCCAUCAAGGACCUCUCCGGCGGCAAAUCCACGCUCCAGAAUGAGAUACUUGGUGACCUCCAACUCGAAUUCUCUUCAGCGCCCGAGAAGGGAGAGGAACUCCCCUUGGAGGAACUCGGCUCUGCUCUCGGUGUCGGCUUCGCAGGUAACCUGGGCAAGUACACGUCUGGUCUCAUCGGUCGUCUGGUUGGCGGCAAGAUGCCCGGCGGUUUCAACAUGUCGGCCAUCAAGUCGUACCUCUCCAAGAGCUGGGGUCUGGGAUCUGCUCGUGCCGACGGCGUGCUACUGCUCGGUACAACGAUGGAGCCACCGAAACGACUUGGAUCUGAGGCUGAAGCAAAGGCGUGGCUGGAUUCUGUCGUGGCCGUGUAUGCUCAGCGAUCCGGCAUCAGUCUUUCGGCUGGCGCCGUUGCAGGCGGCGCAGGUGGUGCAGCAGCAGGACCGACGAUCAACAGCGAAGAGUUCCUGAAAUUCCAGGCCGAGCAAGAGUGGUUUGCGGCUCAGCAGGUAGAGCUCUACAUGCGGUACCUGAAGCGCGAUUCGCGGGCUGGAGAACACAAGUACGAGAACGAGAAGGUGAACGUCGCAGCCCUCCAGUCGCGCCUCGAUUCUAUCACUCGCGAGCACGGCGACACUUACCUCGACGGUAUUCAACCCGUGUUCGACGCGCUCAAGGCCAGGCACUUCGACUCCUCUUGGAAUUGGGUCCGUCAAGACGCGUUGCUCAUGUUCUACGACAUUAUCUUCGGCCGUCUCACCACUGUCGACCGCGAGAUUACAGCCCGCUGCAUCCAGAUCAUGAACCGCGCCGACCCUGAACUCGUCACGUACAUGCAGUAUUACAUCGAUAAGUGCGACGCGACUCGCGGUGAAACCUACAAGCUCGCCAAGCAGUUCGGCCAGCAGCUAAUUGACAAUUGUCGGGAGGUCGUCAGCGAGCCUCCUCUCUAUAAGGAUGUCACGUUCCCCACAGCCCCGCAUACCGAUAUCUCCGCGAAGGGUGACAUCGUCUACUCCGAGGUCGUUCGGGAGAACGUUCGCAAGUUGGAAGCUUACGUCGAGGAGAUGGCUAGCGGCGACACUAUCACAGCACCGUCGAGCGUCCAGAAGAUUCAGGAUGAUGUUCUAAAGCUGUGGAAUGUCGUCAAGUCCCAGCCGGAAAUUAGCGAAGAGCAGAAGAACCGUAUCAAGGCAUUGUACGAGGGAGUCGUUCGCUCUCUGCGCAAGCGUUCGGAGUCGCGUCCGCGUCCGGGUGCUCCUAGGACGCGUCGCUCGUCCUCGCAGUUCCUUCGUCCGCAGAUAUCUGGAAUCGCAUCCGUCUCCGCUGACAAGAUUCCUCUUCUGCAUUUGAAGCGCAAGGUCGGCACUACAUGGGAGUACAGCAGCAACCUCACGGGCGUGUAUCUCGAUAUCUUGCACGAAAUUGCCACCUCCGGCACGAGCUUCAAGGAUAAGAAUGCUCUCCUCACUGGUGUCGGCAAGGGCUCCAUCGGCGUCGAGGUUCUCAAGGGUCUUCUGUCGGGCGGUGCCCACGUCGUCAUCACCACGUCGAGAUACAGCCGCUCCACCGUCGAGUAUUACCAAGGCAUCUUCCAACGCUUUGGCAGCAAGGGCUCCGCUUUGACGGUCGUGCCGUUCAACCAAGGAUCGAAGCAAGACGUCGAGGCACUCGUCGACUACAUUUACUCCACGCUCGGCCUCGAUCUCGACUACAUCAUGCCGUUCGCCGCUGUUCCCGAGAACGGUCGUGAGAUCGACGGUCUCGACGACAAGUCCGAGCUCGCGCAUCGCAUCAUGUUGGUGAAUCUACUGCGGUUGCUUGGGUCGGUCAAGGUCAAGAAGGCGUCCCGUCACAUUCUGACGCGCCCGACGCAAGUCAUCCUUCCCCUCUCUCCGAACCACGGUCUCUUCGGUAACGAUGGUCUAUACUCUGAGUCGAAGAUCGGCCUUGAGACGCUUUUCAACCGCUGGAACUCCGAAAGCUGGGGUGAAUACCUUUGCCUUGCGGGAGCCGUUAUCGGAUGGACUCGUGGUACCGGCCUCAUGGACAGCACGAACAUCGUUGCACAGGAGGUAGAGAGCCACGGCGUCCGCACUUUCUCCGCGAAGGAGAUGGCGUUCAACAUUCUCGGCCUGAUGCAUCCGCUCCUCUUCAGCAUCACCCAAGUCGAGCCGAUCUGGGCCGACCUCAACGGUGGCAUGGAUCGACUUCCAGACCUUGCGGAGAUCACGACGCGCAUCAGAUUGAGUCUCAACAAGAAGAGCGAGCUCCGUCGGGCGAUUGCUCGCGACAACGCUGCAGACUUCAAGGUCACCAACGGAGGGGAAGCUGAGCGAGUCCUUCAGACAGUCAAUGUAACGCCGCGCGCAAAUCACAAGUUUGACUUCCCUCAUUUGGAAUCCCUGGAGUCCCUCUCCGACGUGUCGCAGCUGCGCGGCAUGCUGGACCUUGACCAGGUCGUCGUCGUGACCGGCUUUGCCGAAGUCGGACCUUGGGGUAGUUCCCGGACACGUUGGGAGAUGGAGGCUCGCGGAGAGUUCACCAUCGAAGGGUGCAUCGAGAUGGCCUGGAUGAUGGGUUACAUCAAGCACUUUGACGGUCGCCUCAAGGACGGUUCUCUAUACGUCGGAUGGGUAGAUGCCAAGUCCGGUGAACCCGUAGACGACAAGGAAGUGAGGAGCCGCUACGAGAACGACAUUCUCAGCCACGCGGGUAUUCGUCUCAUCGAACCUGAUCUGUUCCGCGGCUACGACCCGAAGAAGAAAUCCUUUAACCAAGAGAUCCAGUUGUCGCACGACCUCGAGCCCUUCGAGGCUAGCCAGGUUGAGGCUGACAAGUUCAAGUACGAGCACGGUGACAGCUGCGACAUCUGGGAGGUUGAGGGUGGGCAAUGGUUCGUCAAGCUCAAGCGCGGCGCCCGCCUUUUCGUACCGAAGGCCUUCAAGUUCAACCGCUUGGUCGCUGGCCAGAUCCCUACCGGAUGGGACGCAGGACGUUAUGGUAUCCCGGCGGAUAUCAUCGCUCAGACCGACCGUACUGCUCUUUGGACGCUCGUGGCUGCGGCUGAUGCGCUUAACAUGUCCGGUAUCACCGAUCCGUACGAGCUGUACGAGCACAUGCACCCGUCCGAAGUCGGUACUAGUAUUGGCAGCGGCAUGGGUGGUAUGGAGAGCUUGGGCAAGAUGUUCAAGGAUCGUCGCGAUGAGAAGGAGGUUCAGAACGACAUUUUGCAAGAGACCUUCAUCAAUACGACCGCAGGUUGGGUCAACCUCUUGCUCUUGUCGUCCUGCGGGCCGGUCAAAAUCCCCGUCGGUGCUUGUGCAACCGCGUUGCAAUCCGUCGAGAUCGCUUGCGAUACUCUGCUGACUGGCAAGGCCAAGGUCAUGCUUGCAGGCGGUUACGAUGACUUCAGCGAGGAAGGCUCGUACGAGUUCGCCAACAUGAAGGCAACCAGCAAUUCCGAGACUGAAUUUGCGAUGGGCCGCGAGCCAACGGAGAUGUCAAGGCCGGCGACCACUACGCGUGCAGGGUUCAUGGAGGCGCAAGGCACUGGUGUGCAUGUCCUCAUGAGCGCGAAGACUGCUCUGGAGCUCGGCUGCCCCAUCCGAGGCAUUGUCGGCUUCACAUCGACGUCAACUGACAAGGCUGGACGAUCCGUCCCUGCGCCAGGCCGCGGUGCGCUAACCAUCGGCCGUGAGAUUCAGUCGAAACACCCCGCUCCCAUUCUCGAUGUCGCGUACCGCUCCCGCCAGCUCGCCUUCCGCCGCAGGCAGAUCUCUCAAUGGCUCGAGAACGAACGACAGCUGCUCCAAGACGAGGUUGAGUUCCGCAAGAGCCAAGGCGCAGUAGUCGACGAGGAGCACAUCGCUUCUCGCGUUGCAGACAUAGAGCAAGAGGCCUCCCGGCAAGAGAAGGAUGCAUUGUCGACGUACGGUAUGCUGCAUGGAACAGACCCUCGGGUCUCUCCUCUCCGCCGUGCGCUCGCUGUCUGGGGUCUCACCGCCGACGAUAUCGGUGUCCUGUCCAUUCAUGGUACCGGCACUGGCGCGAACGAGAGCAACGAGACUCACGUGUGGAACGACAUCUUUUCGACCAUCCACCGGACGCCUGGCAAUGCUGUCCCCAUCAUGGCGCAGAAGAGCAUCUGCGGUCACUCGAAGGGUGGCUCCGCUUCGUGGCAGCUCGCCGGUCUCCUGCAGAGCGUGCACAGUGGUAUCGUCGCUGGCAACCGUAACGCGGACAACGUCGAUUCACACUUCAAGGACUACACUUACCUCAUGUUCCCGUCGAAGUCGAUCCAUACCGAUGGCAUCCGCGCAGGUAUCAUGUCCUCCUUCGGCUUCGGUCAAGUCGGCGGCACUUGCCUCAUCGUCAACCCACGGUACCUCCUCGGCGCGCUCGAGCCGUCAACCUACGCAAUCUACAAGGCGAAGAACCAGCGGCGCGCGCGCCUCGCAUACAAGGCGAUGAGCGAGAUGAUGACCACCAACUCGCUCGUGCGCGUGAAGGAGGGCCCGCCGUUCACGAAGGAGAUCGAGGCUAGCGUGAUGCUGAACCCGCUUGCGCGCACGUCGUACAACCCGAAGACUGGCUCGUACGCGUUCUCGAAGCUCGUGACGGAGCCGCCCGUGGACAAGGCGAACGUGAAGGCGGUCACAGAGACGCUCGCGCAGUCAAGUGCUACUGCUGGCGUUGGUGUCGACCAAGAGCUGAUCUCCUCGGUGCCCUCGUGGAACCCGACGUUCGUCGAGCGCAACUUCACCGACGCGGAGAUCGCGUACUGCCGUGGCCAGCCGGCGCCCGAGGCGUCGUUCGCGGCGCGGUGGGUCGGCAAGGAGGCGGUGUUCAAGUCGCUCGGGGUGGCCUCGCGCGGCGCCGCCGCGCCGAUGAAGGACAUUGAGAUCCUGCCGGACGAGGCGGGCGUGCCCACAGUUGCACUCCACGGCGAGGCGAAGGCGGCUGCGGACGCGAAGGGCGUCGCGAAGGUGCACUUGUCGCUGAGUCACUCUGAGACUGUUGCGAUUGCGUUCGCGCAGGCUUCGUCGUCAUAAAAUGCUCGCUCGUCGCUCGUCGAUCCUGGUUGCUCUGCUCUAUAGAGGUCGUUCGUCGUACUUGGUUUUGAUCUAGAUGAUACAUACUCGCUGCUGCUCUCUGAUGGUACUCACUCUCGCAUACAUCUACACACAUACUCGUAUCCUACUACACUUACGUCGCGCAUGUUGAAUGUACUCACGCCUGGAAUGGUUUCACGAACUAAUGCAUUUACUAUUUUCUCUC